AUGUGCCAUAAGCGAAGAAGUGACAUCGAAGACAACGCAAUGGAGGACUCCGACAGCGACUCCGAUGUUAGCAUGACAGACUCCGACAGCUCAGAAAACGAAAUAACCGUCGACCAGAAUGAAACCAUAGAAUCAGAUGCUGAAGAAGAGAAAAUUGAGGAUGAGGAAGAGGACGAAGUGAUUAAAGCCAUAAGGAAAAAUGCAGAAAACAAACGUGAUCAUCCGCCACCGAUUAUUAGUGAGGAUUUCAUCACGGACAUUUCUUUUCACCCCUGUGAAGACAUUAUUGCUGUUGCUAGUGUUGUGGGUGAUGUCACUCUGUACAAGUACACAAAUGAAGAGAACACUCUUUUGGACACACAUGAAUUGCACUCAAAAUCAUGUAGAGAUGUGGAGUUCAGUUUUGAUGGCAAAAUUAUGUUCUCAGCUUCAAAGGAUAAGUGUAUAAUGCUCACAGAUGUGGCCACGGGGAAGUUGAAUAGGUUCUAUGAAAAUUCACAUGAUGUUCCUGUAUAUUGUUUGACUGUGUUGGAUGAAAAUUUAUUUGCUACAGGGGAUGAUGAUGGGAUGGUAAAACUGUGGGAUUUAAGAGAUAGAUCUGACAAACAAAUAUAUAGGAUUAAAAGAAAUGAAGAUUAUAUCAGUGAUAUAGUCACAAAUGAAGAUAAAAAGUACAUGUUAAUAUCCAGUGGUGAUGGUUCUCUCACAACUGUUGACUUACAGAACAGAAAAUUCCAUAUGCAGUCAGAAGAAUAUGAAGAGGAGUUGACCUGUUUGGGUAUAUUUAGAGGAGAAACAAAAUUGCUGUCUGGUACUUCCAAGGGUAAGCUUUUGCUCUUUAACUGGAAUGAAUUUGGCCUACACAGUGAUAUUUUCCCUGGACCUAAAACAUCAAUCAAUUCCUUAAUUCCAAUCACUGAAAAUAUUGUUGUGACUGCUUGUGAAGAUGGAAAUUUAAGGGCUACUCACUUGUUCCCUCACAGGCACUUGGGAAUUGUUGGACAGCAUGAUUUGUCUGUUGAAAACCUUGACAUUUGUAAUAAUGGAAGGUUUAUUGCUUCCAGUAGUCACAACAAUGACAUAAAGUUUUGGAACAUUCAGUAUUUUGAAGACUUUGAAAAGGUUUCUCACAAACAUAAAAAACAUGAGAAAAAGAAGGAACUGGAGCACAACUUACCCUCAUCAAAGGUAAAGAAUGCCUCAGAUUUCUUCAGUGGUUUAUGUUAACUGUAAGGUUCAUGAACAAGAUUGUACAAAUAAAUAAAUAAUUUUAAUUUAUUAAGAAACAA